AUUUUUGCGCGCCAUGUCAAUUCCCAUGUUCUAUAAAAUUUUGAGAGAUGUAUUUUUGCUGAUGAGUAACUAGAUUGGAUCUUAUCUAUUUAAUCUCUUGAUAUGCCAGGCAUUCUCUAUUCUGCACUGAAGGUUUCUCCGCAACUAAUCCGACAUUUUAAUUGAAAUAAAUCGUUUCGUUUAUUUCUCAAGGUCAUAUUUCGUACCUUACUUUCUUUAAUUGUUUUCAAAUCAAUCAAAAACCCUAACAGUCGUGCUAUCUAACCAGAGCCGAGUCGGCUACCAGUUUGGGGAACUUCAUUGUUUUCUUGGUAAAAAAAGGGUACAAGAGAAAGGAUACAAGGUUAUUGACAGAAACUUCACCAGCCUCCCACUGCGCAUGAGCAGAAUGUCUAAAGAGGAGUCCCUAGCACGUGACCUCGGCUCUAGGUCCCCUGGCCGAGUAGCUCUGGAGUCGUCUAUGGUUUUGUGUGUCCAGCUUGUCGCCGUGUCCGGGAACGCCAUUGUACUGCUUGUCAUCUACAAGAGGCCCGUUAUUCGGACAGUAACGAACACCUACAUCGGCGCGCUGGCGAUCUGUGAUCUGCUUAUGGCACUCGCAGUGAUGCCAUGGACGGCAGGCUCAUUGAUCAGUGGUGGCUGGAUGUUCGGGGUGUCCGUGUGCCGUUUGCAGGGCUUCCUCAUUCUUCUCCUCGCGUGGACCUCUCUACACAUCAUGGCGCUGACCGCCGUCAAUCGCUACUUCCGGGUGGUCAGACCAAACCUCUACCGGAAGUACUUCACCAUUAGAUCAUCAAUAAACAUGAUCAUCGUUUCCAUGGUGACCACGAUCGUAGUUAUAGCAACGCCGUUAUUUGCAGGCUGGAGCUCGUUCGUGUUCCGUCCCGGGAAAGCCACGUGCUUUAUGACGUUUGACAAGUCCCACGGCAUCGCCCAACAUGGGUACGUGAUCGUUAACUGCGUGAUAUACACAUUUGGACCGAUGAUACUCAUAUACUCGUGCUACUUCUGUGUAUUCAUGUCCGUGCGAAACCACGUGAUCUCGAUUAACCCCAGCCUGCAUAGCAUCCUGGGAGUAGUGCCCGGGGCGGCGCUGACGGUGCGCGAGGUACGUGUUACGAGGGCCGUAUUCGCGAUGGUGCUGGGUUUCACCUGGUGCUGGAUUCCCGUUACUACAAUAGAGCUCCUCCAUGUUCUCACGCAUGGCAACCUACCUCGUGAGGGAUACCUGUGUUUUAUAUAUUUUGCCUUCAUCAGUAACGCAAUCAACCCUGUGAUAUGUAUUAGUGUUAACCAGACGUUCAGGCGAGAACUCUUUGCUGUGCUGCCUUGUGGGAGGGCAAGACAGACCACUAGUGAGCUAUCUAUUAGAAACAUUGUCAACAACUCCGUAAAGCCUCGAUAGCUCAGUGAUGGUAUGGGCUUUGUCUUUCAAGCAAGGGACCAGAAAACCAGGUUAGGCCAACGUUUUGAGGUGUAAAAACUUGGUUCUCUACAUGGGGACUGUGAAUCUCUCGUCUGUUCGGAUAAGGACGCUAAAGGUCCCGUCUCCUUUAACACACUGCAUUAAGGUGCUAGUUGCAUGUAUCAUACUUUGCUACGUUCCCGAAAUUCCACCAAAUUUGGCACAUAGAUAUUAGACAGAUACCCGACAAAAUGAAUGGGGCAGUGAGGAUGUCUGGCACCAGUGCGCCGAAUUUGGUGAGUUUGGGACAGGUAUCAGAUCACGCCCUACUAGCACUUCAA